CGGCGGACCAGCUUCCGGCAGCCUGUGCCGCGUGUGCUCCUCGGUUUCCGGCCGGUUGUGGGUCUCCGCCGCGGACAUGGGGAAAGUGAGGGGGCUGCGGUCCCGGGUGCACAAGGCUGCCGUGAGGCCCACGGGGGAGGCCGCGCCCGGCCCCGCGCCGCCCGCCCGGGAGGCGGCCUCUCUGCAGGCCUCGGCUGGCGGAGUCGGGGGGAAGGAGUGGGCUUUCAUGAAUGCCAGUGUGUUUGCCGGGACCACGAUAGACCCCAGCGCCUUGGUGCAGAAGCUGGACGUGGACGCGAGGAGCAUCGCCUCCGUCAGGAGAGGUGCCAAGGCCAAGGCUGUUUUGCCCAAGAAGGAGAAGCUGAAGCUGAGGCGCGAGAGGUGGCUGCAGAAGAUCGAAGCCACGAGGCUGGCAGAGCAGAAGCGCACGGCGGCGCGGAGGCGCAGGGCCACGGUGGUGGUGGGGGACCUGCAGCCCCUGAGGGACGCCCUGCCCGAGCUGCUGGAGCUGCAGACGGCUGGCCAGCGGUCCUCUCAGCUGACAGCAGGGACGUACGUGUGUGUCCUGACCCAGGUGUGUUCCUGUGAAAUUCGGGGAACAGUCUGCAAGUCCAUCCUCACUUCUCAUGCCGACCGCAAGUCUGGGGUCCCCAAGACCACUCUUAGGUUUGAUGAUUCUCACAGAAGGCCAUUACACUCAGUUACAGUUUAUUACGGAGAAGGAAUACAGAUUAAAAUCAGCCAGGGGGGGAGACCGUGGGGAGGGCCCGGGAGUGUCCCAGUCUUCCCUCCCUGUGGGGGCGGCACAGAGGUCUUGCCCAGGACGUGCGGGGACGCCCACCAGUCUCCAGCCCUGGGGGGUGUGGGCGAGCAGGCCGGCAGGCUUUGCCUGUGGUCCCUUCACUCCAUUCCUGUGGCCUUCUGGCCAAGUGACGCCUGGCUGGGAGCCCCCAGCCCCAUUCACAAGGUUGGGGUCCCCAUGUCAUCAGCCCUCAGUUUUUCAGCUCCUAGAGCAGGCCCAGCCCUGGGAUGUUUGCUGCACGGGGUGUUUGGCCUCUUCUGUGCCUUCACAAGGGCAGGGUUUCCUGGAGCUGGGAGAAGGCGGUGCCCUUCAGGGCAGCUCACGCCAGGGGUGCCUGUUAAAAGCAGUAGGUUGCACGAAUGGCCCAGCUGACAGGUGACUUCAGGACAUGACCCCAGGCAUCCGAGUGGGGUGGAAUGUGUUGGGGGGCAGCCUUGUGCCUGGGAACCCAGACCCCGAGUGCAAGGCCUCCGUCCCCAGUCGCCAGCUGGGACACCCUGACUGAGGCCCUGGGCUGCUCCCAGCCUGUCCCAAACCUGGGUGGCCCUGCAGGGUGGUGGGGGGAGAGCCCGAGGCUCUGAGUGGGCCCAGCGGGUCCAGGUGUUCCCCACACUCGGUCGGGUGGGCGCCGCCCAGCACUGACCGGGCACCAAGGCCCCCUGGAGAGCCCGUGGGGCCCCUGAGGCCAGAGCCAGUGAGUGGACAGUGCCGCUGCCAAUGGGCCGCGCUCAUCAGGGAAGAUUAGACUCCCCAGGAAGUCGAUCCUCCGCGGCCUGAAGGUCGUAGCGGACGAAGGUGGAGGGCCUCACGCAUGGAGCCUGGACCUGACGUCAGCAGGGCUCACUCGGCCCCUGGGACCUCCGGGGUUUGCCCGCUGGUGCUUGGUUUUGGGCCCCCGUCCCCUUGGGCUGGGUGUGCUACAUGGGCUCAUUCAUGUCAGAGGGGGAGGGGCAGGGGGUGGCACAAGAGCCCCAAAGCUGGGAGCCACCUGAGCGCACCUGGUCGCUCAGUGCUGGCUGAAGAGAGCCUGUCAGGAACGCACUGGCCUGUCUUACAGUUGGGGAAACAGGCUUCGAGAUGGAGCAGCUCCCCUGAGGUUCCUCCCAGGGCAGCCAGGGCUGGGGUCCUCUUCCAGCCCAGGCACCUCUG